UUUAGAUUCCGUGUCGAUCGGUACGCAAAUUAUAAUAUUUUUAAAAAUCAUUCAAGAACGUGGAAAACGGUUAAAGUUUAUUGAAAUAUGUUUGCUUUACGCGCCGAGGUGCGCAAAAUGUGUGUGCCGCUUAUUCGUCAAAUGUCCGGUCAUCCCGGUGGUAUUCCGGGCUUGAACUUGCCCUUUCGCAAGGGAUUGGAUAGCCCCAUGCGUUUUACUGUCUUCUGGCUUGUGCUUGGAACUCUUGGGUUCGGUGCUCCAUGGCUGGUUGUGCGUCAUCAAAUGCUACGCAAUGUCACGGAUGAUCAACCCCCUGAAGAGGAGUAAAACAUGCACAUGACGUCUCUGCAGUUACUACUUAAAUUCCGCUAGCAUUUAUAGUUUAAUAAAGGAGUUAACUCAUUCGACCUGCAUCGUAUCAUAAUAAAAA